AUGUCCCCAAGGACGAUAUCCAAGGAACCCGAACGCACACCAACACAAGUGGAUCCAGAAGCGCAAUCGCCGGAGCGAGAAGGAUAUUAUGAUGGCCCAGAGGGUCUGGAGAGGAUGAUAUCCGUGGCUUCAGCCGGAGCUGCAGGGGCCGUGCAGAUGCCCGACGAAGAACGGCCUGAAAGCGGCUUCCCCGGCCUGCGGCCUGCCCAAACAAAUUUGACCACAACGUCCAACAAGCCGUAUAGCGCCUUCUCCAACGGGCAGAAGUGGUUUAUCGUUAUCUUUAGUGCCUUGGGCGCCAUCUUUUCGCCAAUAUCGACCAUCAUCUAUGCUCCUGCUAUCCCUACUCUAGUGGAAGCAUUCCAUACGACCACCGAGAAGAUCAAUUUAACGGUCACAGUAUACCUCAUCUUUCAGGCGCUGACUCCUUCAAUAUGGGGGUCAGCUGGAGAUUCAUAUGGCCGACGCCCGAUCUUCAUCAUAUGUCUUCUCGUCUACCUCCUGGGAUGUGUCGGAAGCGCGCUGUGUCCCACCAAUGCCUACUGGCUGCUCAUGCUUAUGCGCAUCGUUCAAUCGUCGGGCGGAUCUCCUGUCAUCGCUAUCGGAGCUGGAAUCAUCGCAGACAUUGCUCCACCUCAAGAGAGAGGGAGAUAUCUGGGAAUCUACAAUCUGACGUCUACAAUGGGCCCCACUUUGGGCCCUUUGAUAGGUGGUUUAUUGUCUUACGGCCUAGGAUGGCGGUCAAUCUUUUGGUUCUUGGUCAUAUUCUGCGGUGCAGUGACGGUGCCGAUGAUCUUCUUCUUCCCAGAGACCCUUCGAUCACUUGUCGGAGACGGCUCAAUACCACCUCCCUUGGCCAAUUGCACCGUUCCUAUAUAUCUGCACAGAAGGAAGGAGAAGAAGAUGUUGGAGGAGCGAGGAGAGCAGUUGCCAGUCUCCACCACCCAUAGGGCAAAGUUCCAGCCUUGGUCAUCCUUCACACUCUUGUUGGAGCCUGAGAUUGCCCUCAUGUUCUUGUCAUCAUCCUUGUACUACGCCCUGUGGUAUGCUCUUCUAACCAUCUUCUCGUCGCUGCUGAAGACAGAGUAUGGCAAGAACGAUGUCAUCAUCGGUCUUUGCUACAUCCCGAACGGAGCCGGAUCGGCGAUAUCCGGCUACUUGUCAGGCCGCAUCAUGGAUAUCAUCAUACUGGUGGCUUCUAUCCUGGGCGUGGCGUGGAGUAUGGAAGUGCAUGCUCCUAUGGCUGUGCCGGUCGUACUCAACUUUUUUGUCGGGGUUGGGACAGGCUUCCUUACCACCACCACUAUCUACGGGAUAGAUAGUGUACCAGGAAAGGGUGGAGCUGUCACAGCAUCAUUCAACCUCGUUCGAUGUGCCUUUGGUGCCGUGACGGUAUCCACUGUCCAACUGAUCUGCGACCGCAUAGGUGUUGGAUGGUGCUUCGUCCUCCUUUCAGCUAUAUGUGUAGCUUCGUCUCCGCUUUUGCUUCUGAUCGUCAAGUAUGGUCCGAUAUGGAGGGCUCGAAGGAAGGCAAAGGACAAAGCCAAAGAGGCGGAGAAGAAGGCCCAGGGGGCAUCCUAUUCCCCUCGAGGAUAA